UAUUCCCGCCUUGCGAGAUUUCAUUGUUCGUCUGAAAGAUUCACCAGAUGUCUCCGAGAGAUUUACGCGCACAUUCCUUGCCUCUGUCAACGACGCCCCGGACGAGUCCUUGGCGGUGCUGCUCGAGACAAACUUGGUUGACCUACACGCCCAGGAGGAUAUCAAUGAGCGCAACUGCCUUCAUGAAGCCGCCAUGUACGGUCGGGAAUAUGUGCUGAAUGCUGCCAUCGCAGCCAAAGUUGAUGUGUCAAGAGUGGAUGUCUACGGUCGGACUCCGCUACACUAUGCUAGCAUGAAUGGACGAGUGGACGCGCUCCAGACUUUGGUUGCAGCUGGCCCCAGAAUUAUCGACACGAUGGAUCAUGACAACUUCACUCCUUUGAUCCUGGCUAUUGUGCAUCAUCAGCUACCUUGCGUUCAACGCCUCCUCUCUUUCCGAGCACGGGUAGAUCCCAGCAGCGAAUCCGACCAUAUCCCAUUGAAUCUAGCAUGCCAGCAUGGUUCAGUGCCGAUUGUUGAGCUUCUUCUGCAAAACCACGCGGCCGUACUUCCUGAUGCCGAGGGUCUCUAUCCUCAGCACCUUGUGGCUCGUUCAGGAAAGUCGCCAGAGUUGCUGCUCAUGCUACGGGAGUACGGAGCGGAUCUGGACCAGCUUGACAAGCUCUACCAAUGGACACCUUUGUUUCAUGCGGCGAGUGAAGGCCAUUUACGCUCUCUACAAGUGCUGUUAGAAUGUGGCGUUCGUCCGGAUAUCAACGAUGAAAAGGGACUGUCUGCAGUAUACUAUGCUGCUUGGGAAGGCCACCUCCAAUGCAUGCGGCUUUUGGCGGCCGCAGGAGUAAAAGCCGGCUUGGCAAAAUCAGCCACGCCUCUUUCACAGGCUUCAACGGCACCUGCAGUGCCCGCAAGCUCGACCCCGGCACCCAUGGCCAUGGAACAUGACGCAAUUCCGGACCUAUCUCUUCCGCCUCCGAUAAUACCUCUCCGACGAUAUGGACACAAUUUCCUUGAUUCUAAGACCUUUGUCGCCAUCAGCUUCGAAGAGGCCGGCGCUCACGCCAUUCGAUUCUUCCACGACAGCAAGUAUCCUGCCGCACGUCUUACCAUCACCUCGAAACUCUCAGAUCUUAUUCCUCGAAAUGUUUUGAUUCCGAUUCAGGAAGAUUCAAGGGUCAUCUCCUUCCAGAUUGACAAUCUGGAUCUGUUCACGGUCGACUUUGAUAUUUUUCCGACAUUUGGCUCCAAAGUCAUCGCUCGUAGUAUUGCGUUGCCGAACAAUUUCAAUUCGCAGCUCAGCAGUACGGGACAUUGCUGUCUGCCGCUUUUCGACCCACGGCUGCGUGCGAUUGGUCAAAUCAGCUUCAACUAUCAGGUUAUCAAGCCGUUCCACGGUAUCCCACUGGAGAUCACCGAUUUUGCUACGUACUGGAAAGCAACAAGUCAGCGCGAUGAGCAGCCCAGUGCUUUCAUUACUGGCUCGAGUUUGUCGGGCGAAUAUGUCAGGUUGUUUGUUCAAUUGACUAAUGACGGUGUGCCUGUCCUGUGCCCGCAGUGGACUGUGAACCUUGGCGGGAUUGAGUUCUCUGUUGGGCGCUUGACAUAUGAGCAGUUUGUCAGCAUCGGUGCUCAGCGUGAUCAAGGGGACGAAAACCUAGCUGCAUUGGCGAACUGGGAGACCCAAGGUGACAUUACCAAGAUUCACCAGGUCCUCGCAACCUCAUUUGCAUCGCUCAAGGAUGCUCUUGCUGUUAUGCCGCCAAACCUUCAUGUUGAGCUUCACGUACUAUUCCCUUCUGCCACGGAGGAGCACCUCUCUGGACUUGGGCCAACGCCCAACAUCAACGAUUUUGCGGAUGCCAUUCUUAGUGACGUCUUUGAUCAUGCGCGGCAAAUGAGAGAAAGAUCUCCAGAUGCGCUAAGAUCAAUUGUCUUUACUUCCUUCAACUCGAAUAUUUGCGCAGCUCUGAACUGGAAACAACCCAAUUACCCGGUAUUACUAUGCAACAACCUUGGUUCUGACCCGGCGUCGCUUGUCGGAAAUACGGCGACUGUGCAGAGCAGCGGUCAGCAUUCGAUAUCCGUGAAGGAAGCCGUCCGGAUAGCCCAGGGUAACAAUUUUAUGGGCUUGGUGUGCUGUUCAAGAUUAUUGGUAUGUUCUUCCGAUUCACAACUGCACAUGGGCGUGUUUCUUUUCUAGAUUGGCUGACUUCUCGUCUUUUGCUCCAGGAUAUGGUGCCUGCUCUUAUCGAAGCCAUCAAAAGUGCCGGUCUUGUCUUGGUCUCCGAUACGUCAGAGCAAUGUGCGCCAUACCAACGCAAUUCGGACAGCGAGGACGUGCCCAUGCCA